AUGGCAAGUGGAGACGAUCAGCAGUCUCAGGUGCUUGCCCGGCCCACCUUCAGUGAGGCGGAAGCUGUAGUGCUGGUGGAAUCGAUAUUCGGGCUGCGAGUCUCCAGGAUCCAGCCACUCCCCAGCUACGAUGACCAGAACUUCCUGGUGUUCAUCACAACCGCCGGAGCCGCUUCGGAGGGUGGGCGGCUGCCCGACUACGUCCUCAAGAUCAACAAUGCCGUGUCCACUGAAACGCCGGCCCUGAUUGACGUGCAGAGCCACGCCAGCAUGUUUCUGAGAGAUGCUGGCUUCCCAACAGCCUCUCUGUGCUACAGUAAGAAGAAAAACAUCACCUCGAUCAUUAGCAUAGAUCAUGGCUCCGUAACCAAGAGCCACCUGGUGAGGCUGCUCACCUACCUCCCAGGAAGACCCAUUGCUGAGGUUCCCAUUAAUCCCCAGCUGCUGUAUGAGAUCGGCAGAGUUGCCGCCAGAAUGGAUAAGGAGCUGGAGGCCUUCCAGCAUCCCAGCCUAGGCAGUCUCUAUCGGGAGAACUUCAUCUGGAAUCUGAAAAAUGUUCCCCUUUUGGAGAGGUAUCUGAGUUCCGUGGGCAUGGGUCAAAAUCGAGAGGUUAUUGAGUAUGUCAUUCAGAUGUUUAAGGAGGAGAUAACCAACAAAUUCAGUCAGUUUCGCGAAUGUAUCAACCACGGCGAUCUGAAUGACUAUAACAUCUUGGUGGAGUCUAAAAAGCUAGAGUCUGGGGAGUCUGUGUACCACGUGUCUGGGAUUUUAGAUUUCGGGGAUAUGAGCUAUGGCUACUACGUGUUUGAAGUAGCAAUCUUGAUCAUGUAUAUGAUGCUCGAAAGUAAGAAUCCGAUCCAGGUUGGAGGUUAUAUCCUGGCAGGAUUUGAAAGUGUCAUUCCCCUGACACCUGUUGAGAGGGAUGCUUUGUACCUCCUUGUCUGUGGCCGUUUUUGUCAGUCGCUUGUCAUCGGGGCGUACUCUUGCCAGGUGCACCCCGAUAACAGUGACUAUCUCCUGAUCAGUGCCAAGCAUGGGUGGAAGCAUUUGCAGAAAAUGCUUGACCUGGGCCAGAAAGCUGUCGAAGAGAUCUGGUUCGAAACCGUCAAGUCUUACAAACCUUGUGCCUCUUAA